AGAAUUUCUAGAACAAGCUCGUUUGCGGUACUAUUUGGUUGCUGCAGUGAUUUGAUAAACGUGAAUUGUCGCCGGUAUUCUUUAUAAUUUUCAGUUACAAAAAAGAAAGUAAUACCUUAAAUUAAGAUGUUCCGUUUACCUACAACUGUUCGUAAUUUGGCCUUACGUAAAGUUCAUCAAAUUGGUCAGGUGGAAAGAUGGUAUGCUAAAGAUGUUAGGUUUGGACCAGAAGUUCGGGCACUUAUGCUCCAAGGGGUUGAUAUUUUGGCUGAUGCUGUAGCUGUGACUAUGGGUCCGAAGGGUCGAAAUGUGAUUAUUGAACAGUCCUGGGGUUCUCCAAAAAUUACAAAAGAUGGUGUUACAGUUGCAAAAGGCGUAGAAUUAAAAGAUAAAUUUCAAAAUAUUGGUGCAAGAUUAGUUCAAGAUGUAGCCAACAACACAAACGAAGAAGCUGGAGAUGGAACUACAACAGCUACAGUACUUGCUCGUUCCAUAGCAAAAGAAGGGUUCGAAAAUCUUGGUAAAGGUGCAAAUCCAAUAGAAAUUCGUAAAG